AUGGGUGUGCAGAAGAUUCUCUUUAUCCUCGGCUUCCUGCUGCUCCUUCGUGGGGGCGAUUCGCAGGAAAAAACGUUCUCCAGCGGCACCUCCUUCCAUAGCAGUCCCCACAUUACAGACUUCUCCUCGAUGAGGAAACUGUCUCCCGUGACCGGCAACGAACGGCGGCGGUCUACUUUGGGGAGCUUACUUACGGUCGUGAACGUGAAGGAUUUCGGUGCCCGGGGCGACGGAUUGUCGGACGACACCAAGGUGGUAAACCAUUCAACAAUCUCUUCUAUCGCAGAUGCGAGUCUUAAUCUAAACAUUCGGCGACCCGCCCGUCAAUUAUAUUCUCUGCAGGCUUUCACCGCUGCAUGGAAGGCUGCUUGCUCUUCCUCCGCGCAUGUCACCAUGCUGGUGCCCGAGAGGAAAGCCUACCUACUUAAACCCAUUGCCUUCUCCGGUCCUUGCAAGUCUCCAGUAACUGUAGCGGUGAGACGCAACCACCUCAACAGCAACCCCGUUCGCACCAAAGUCUUAUCGCUUCGCGCUUCCUGAGGCUUCAUCUUUUCACUGUCAUCGAUAGAUCAAGGGAACAAUUCUCGCCUCCGGAAGGAUAUCAGACUGGGAUGGAGCGGACCGCAGGCUCUGGAUGCUGUUCAAGGAGGUGGACGGCCUCAGGGUGGAAGGCGGUGGAACCAUCGACGGCAACGGGCAGGUGUGGUGGAAGGUAUCCUGCAAAGUCGACUCCGCGCAGGUACGAACCCUUUUAAUUUCUCCACUCGUUCAAUCCAUGGAACAGCCAGUGGAAACUCUUUCUGUCCCGGGCUUAGUUCAUCUCGACCAGUUCACUGACUCGUCCUCUGAUCUUUCUUCUGCAUGACGUUAUAGCCGUGCAAGGGAGCCCCUACGGUACGUCCUGGACCAGACUCAACUUGUUCCGUUCCUGGGUUUGGAAGUUUGCGAGUUGACUUGUGAGGUUGACCUCUUUCAGGCGUUGACGUUCAAAUCCUGCCGCGGCUUGACCGUGAACGAUCUGAGGUUCAAGAACAGCCAGCAGAUGCACGUCACCUUCUCGAAGUCCGCCAACGUGCGGAUCUCCAGACUGACGAUCUCCGCCCCCGGGAAUAGUCCCAACACCGACGGAAUCCACGUCACCGGCAGCACCGACGUUAAGAUCAGUGACUCCUUCAUCAGGACAGGUCCCCCCUUCGCCUCCUCUUGGCCUGUCCAAUCCGAUAAAACGCGAAGCAUUCAGGUCGUGACUUCGGUUUGAAUUCCUCCCUGUAGGCGACGACUGCAUCUCCAUCGUCAGCGGCUCAAGCUCCAUUACGGCCACCAACAUCGUCUGCGGACCGGGCCACGGAAUCAGGUACCCACAUAUACCGGCGAUGUGCUGGGAUCUGCUGCUGGCUUCCUCUCCCUUCUCCCCCGUUGACGCAUCACAUCGUCGCUGGCAGUAUCGGGAGCCUUGGAGCCAACGGUGCGGAACACACCGUUUCCGACGUCUUGGUCGACACGGCGCGACUGGAGGGAACGACCAACGGAGUCCGGAUCAAGACCUGGCAGGUAACGCCAUCUGACUGACUACCCAACCCGAAUUCUCUCGCGCUCCCCAAACUGACACUGCGACGACGGCGUCCUUCGGUUCUCUCCCUUCAGGGUGGAAAAGGGUACGCCAGAAACAUCAUCUUCAGGAACAUCGUGAUGGACAACGUGAGGAACCCUAUAAUCAUCGACCAGAACUACUGCGACUCCUCCAAGCCCUGCAGCGAACAGGUGGAGUAUGCAGCGCCCACACUUUGCGCCUCUCUUGCGUCCGCACUCUCUUUCUCGCUCUCGUUUUCCCGCUUUGUUCCUCUCGCUAAUCUUCCGUUCGCCCUUGGCCGCACAGAAAUCUGCGGUCGCCGUGAGUGGAGUGACCUAUAAGAACGUCACGGGGACAAGCGCCACCGCGGUGGCCAUGGACUUCGACUGCAGCCGCACCGUUCCCUGCCGAGGGAUAACGCUGCAGGACGUCCACCUCGUUACGGCGAGCGGAGCAUCUGCCGAGAGCUUCUGCCGCAACGUCAACUUGUCUAAAUCCGGCACCGUUGUCCCAUCAACGUGCUCCUCCUGA